GUUGAUGGCUGGCUGAAUUGGAAGACGAGAAAAAAACAGCACACACAGUUUCUCCACUGUGAAUUUCUGCUGCCUCUCUGUGUGAAGUGUGAACGUGAAGCACUCUGCACUUUGUCUUCGCAACGUGAACAACGACAGACAGUAUAGGCGACGACGUUUAUUUCGGUUUAGCGUUUUAAAUCGUUGUGAUAAUCGUUUUUUUUUUACGUUCAUCGGUCAGCCGCCACAGGCAAAGGCCUGACUGCUCGAAACGCAGGCAGCCUGACCUGUGCUGUUUGUUUGUUCGGUAUAGAAGCAGUGUUUAGUGUUUCUUGUUCUGUGGCACCUUUCUGGUACGCUGCUGCUCUUCGCGACCGCCAGUAAGCAAGCAGAGAGUCAACCAGUGAGCAGUCAAGAAGGAGGAAAAAGCAGUGUGCUGAAGGCGAAACAAAAAGCAGGCCAUCGUCGUCAUCUCGCUCGCCAGUCAGUCACAGUUGCGAGUAAAGUUGCAGAAAGGAAGAAAAAGUCGUGUCGUGUGUGUAUUUUUUUCAUUUGCUGCACUUUUUUUCGAAUCGGGUCUUAGUUGUUUCGGAAAAGUUACGUGGAUGGUAACCGCGGUUGUUUUCGAUACGGCUGUGUGGAUAAUCUUGUGAAAAAGGUGGCGAACAGACAGGAGGAAAUUCUGGAACAACUUGUGGCCGCGAGUAUGCGAUGGCCCUGGUGACCAUCCAGCGGUCGCCUAGUCUCGCAAGUUCAACCCACAGCUCUAACUCGGAUACGAGCGGUGCGGAUGAUGAAGAAAAUGCUAAAGUGAACAAGAGUUUGAGUGAAUGCUACUUCGCUGGCAAAGGUACCGCCCUGAUGCUAGGCUCGAACGAUCGUCUUCGCGUCACGUGCGGCGAGGAUCCACCUCAAGAAUCCCUCCCCGCGGCCACGGUGGCUCCUUCUUCGCUGACUUAUACAGCCGCACAUCCAGCAACGGCGGGUCGGCCUCCCCGUUCGCGUUCGGAUAGUGCGGACGAGCGGGAAUCAGUCGCUUCGACGGCCAGUACAUCGUCCUCCGCGUCGUCGGCCGGCAGUGACAUCCAGCAGCACCUGCAGUCGAUGUUUUAUCUGCUACGCCCGGAGGAAACGCUCAAGAUGGCUGUUAAACUCGAAUCGUUACGUCCGGGGCGAACUCGCUACCUGGUCGUAGUGUCCCGCCCACCGACCCGCCGUACGCGUCUGCAGCAGUCGUUGUUACAACAGCAGCAACUCCAACUCCAGCAGGCUUCGUUUGCGUCCUCGCUAGUGACGUCGGCCAGUUCGACACCGGCGUCGAUAUCACCGGCGCCGUCGGCGGCUUCCAUGAGCAAACAGAUCACUUCCGCCUCUCUGUACAAGGCCGCAUCGCCCUCCACCAGCACUAGUGUCAUUGCUAGCUACGGUGGUAUCAGUGUCGGAGACGAAACGUUCGUUUCCAGUUUAGAUAACUGUGUUCUUAGUACUUCUCUGAAGACGGCUUCCGCUAAUGCUGCUACUAGUGCUGCUGCUGCUGCUGCUGUUGCUUCAAACAAUAACAAAAGUGUCGAUAAAUGUGAUAGUAAUAAAUCUAGUAGUUGCAAUCCUAGUAUCGGUAGUGUAGUUAGUUCUAAGCCGCCGUUGGCGUCUGCCUCGUCAACGGCAGCUGUGACAGUUGCAAACAAAAGCUCCAGUGGAUAUAUCAGCGGUGGAACAUCCGGCCGUGUGCUGAACAGUUCCGCGGGUAGUGUCACCAGUGGAAGUAGCAGUGCUAGCGGUGUUAGCUCGAGCAGUGUUGCAAAGCUUCCCACCUUCGGCACUGGCAGCUGCACUGAAAUCGAGGAAUCCUGCCUGCUCGGGAUUGACUGCAACGAGAAAACGACCGUUGGGCUGGUGCUGCGAGCGCUGGCCGACAUCGCUAUCCGGCUGGAUGGGGAUGGUGGAUUCAGCGUCAGCUCAUGUGGUCAGCAGCACAUAUUUAAGCCGGUUUCUGUACAGGCUAUGUGGUCGGCCCUCCAAACCCUGCACAAAGUGUCGUCGAAGGCACGCGAGCACAACUUCUUCGCCGGUGGUUCAUCGCACGAGUGGGUGUCCUACUACGAGAGCCACAUCGACUCGGAUCGGUCCUGCUUGAACGAAUGGCACGCGAUGGACUCGCUAGAAAGCCGCCGGCCACCCUCGCCGGACUCGGUUCGGAACAAACCGACAGAGCGGGAGGAAACGGAACGUGUUAUUCGAACGGCGCUCAAGGAAAUUAUGAUGUCGGUCGAUUUGGACGUCGUGACGUCGAAGUUCAUCCGCGGGCGACUCGAGGAACAUCUGGAUAUGGAUCUGAACGAGUACAAGUCGUUUAUCGACGAGGAGAUGUUGGUGAUUCUCGGCCAGAUGGACGCCCCGACGGAGAUUUUCGAUCACGUGUAUCUCGGUUCGGAGUGGAAUGCAAGCAACCUGGAGGAGCUGCAGCGAAAAGGUGUUCGCCACAUUCUGAACGUAACACGCGAGAUCGACAACUUCUUUCCGGGGACAUUCGAUUACUUCAAUGUGCGGGUGUACGAUGACGAGAAGACGGACCUGUUGAAGCACUGGGAUAACACCUUCAAGUACAUUUCCCGUGUCAGGAUGGAAGGCUCGAAGGUGCUGGUGCACUGCAAGAUGGGAAUCUCUCGGUCUGCAUCGGUGGUCAUUGCCUACGCAAUGAAGGCCAACAAUUGGGACUUCGAUCGAGCAUUACGGCACGUAAAAGAAAAGCGCAGCUGCAUUAAACCGAACAAGAAUUUCAUCAUGCAGCUGGAAACCUACCAAGGGAUGCUGGAUGCGAUGAAGAACCGCGAGAAGUUACAACGGAGUAAAAGUGAGACGAAUCUGAAGAGCGGUAGCAGUGGAGUGAAGGAUGCCCGGUUGCUACCCGGAAGUGAACCGACACCGCUUAUCCAAGCCUUGAAUCGGGGCAGCAAUACGAGCACACUGAGUAAAAGUGGUCGCUUUUUGAGGAAACUAGGUAAACGUCCCAAAAGUUGGUCUCCGGGUACGGAAAAAGCGAUCCCUCAGUUGGAGACUAGUCGACAGCAGUCGCAUUCGUUGGAGCAUUUAAUGGCACCGCAAAACGAGGCCAAAACCAUCCGAAUGCCGUGUGGCAAUGGACAGAACUACAGUGUCUCGCAGAAUCAGAUCGUGCAUCUACAAGAGGGCGGCGGAAUAGCAGGAGAAGAAGAGAUUCAGGAGGAGGAAAAAUCGUCAGCAGUGCCAUCAGCUUUAUCCGCUUCCUCUGUUCGAUCAAUCAUCAGCGAGCUGGAGUCGAACAAAGCCAAAGAGACCAGCAGCAAUCACAAGAGGAAAGGGUCAGCUUCGUCGGUGGCUUCGGCAACCGGUUUAAGUUUAGCCCCCGCCUUGGGGACGGACGCAGACAUCAAGGACCAUCAGUGGGAUCCAGGGGAAAGCAAAUCGUUGAUGAUUGGUGCAACCAUAUCUCAGGAUUGUGAUACUGCUAGUACAGCUCAUCAAGCGGUAGUUUGCUGGACAAGUCAAAGUCAGAUUAUUCAGCAGGCUCAGCCAGUUGCUCAACCGCUACUGCAGCAGCAGCAACCCUCUCAGCAUGUGUCUCGUCAGAGUUCCUGGUCCAGUGUGGAUUCAGCUGUCGUCGCUGAUAUAAUUCGGGGUACGUUCGCGAGUGCUUCGCGUCAUUCAAGCUGGUGUUCGGGGGAUAAUCAACAGUUAGGACAACGGAUGGCGCCGGCGCCACCCUCUCGAAACAGCAGCUGGGGUUCGUACGAUACGAGCAACACGAGCAGCAUACAAACCGUAGUGGAAGUUCCUAUUGAUCCCAGUGGAAGCGACGGCCCAUCGGACGAAGACCCUGGUCAGAGUGGGAUUUUUCCGUACGAUAAAGAUGAAAUUCCGUGGCACCCGGGAACGGUGAAACGAACGAAGCAGAAAAUCGAAGAACGAUCUUCGUCAUCGAUAAAGCGCAUUUGUAGUGAGAAGUUCAACUUCCAGAGGCAUAAAGAUGCGGAAAGCCGGGGGACAGAUUCUCAGCAGCGUUCCAACAGCGAAGAGGUGCUGCCAUCCAACCGAUCAGCGCCCGCAAUAGUUUCCACCGCCUAUGCAAGACUUUCGGCAUCGGCACCGGAUUCAUACUGCUCGAGCCCGUUCGGAAGUAAAAAAUCAGAUAAUGAGCACACGACAAAAGGCCAUCAUCGACGGUUCAGCUUUCGGAAGCCCACCUCCGCGGACGAACAGAAAAAGAACGACGAAAAUACCACUCUCAGUGUGAGUGGACUCGUGAAGAAUCUAAAAAUGAGCUUCGAAGCCAAAGUGAACGAUCGGGGUAAGAAGGAACAGAAGAAAGGUCGCUCGCUGCCAUCAUCUCCAGUUGCCAUACAUAACGAACUGAGCAAGCACGGUCAAGGUGGGAAGACGCAACAGCAGCAGCAGCAAGAGGACAUCACCGUUCGUGAUUUGGUGGAUCGUUACGAAGCACCUCGUUUCCGAGCGUCGUUCAACACCCACCAUCGCCACAACAGUAGCUCCUGCUCUUCGACUGGCACCGAUCAAGUCGUGCUGCGGCAGCGACCUCGUUCCGUCUAUGAACCGCUCAAAUCUGCACAAAAUCAGCAGAAACCACUGAUGCUAUCCCACUCGACAAAUCCCCUCAAAUCCGGAACGGAUGAUUUCAGUCGGCCAUCACUGGUAGCGCCGACCGUGUUCAGUGGCGGUGGACCGUUCGAUCGUAGAAUUUUUAUAGGAAGCAGAACCUCCUCGAAUCAGAGCCAGACCUCGGCUGGUGGCGGUGGACCCAGCGCUGGAAUCGCUAGUGGACCCAAAAAGGUGGUACAACAUCACGGGAAAACGCACCCGCUGGCCAACCUGACCAAGCAUCGGAUCAAUGCGACCAGCACGACAGCGGCCACUGCCUACAGCACAAUGUAACAUCUUCAUCGUCCGAUGCUGGGCGUUUCAAUCGAAAGUUGAUGGAUUAAUAAUGGCGCCUUUUGCCGAAGAAACUAAACUACCGACGAAGCCUGGUUUGUCUCCGCCUUUUUUCGGGGCGGAUUCGGUUGCAGUAUUACUCGACAUUUAGCACAUAUUUAAAGAAAAACAAAAAAUAACAGUGAACAAACCAACCUCCAAUCACGGUAAUCGUAGCUCUCACCAUGUCCGUGCGUGCGUUUGUGUGAAAGAACUGAAUCGAUCGCACGCACGCGUUUAAUGUCACAACCAUUGUUCUUUUUUCGUAGUAGACCUAAGAUGCUUUCUUCGGCAAAGUCUCGCCUAAUGCGGCAAUCGGUUAACUUCUUCUAAGGUCGAACGACUUACGGUCAUUCUUAGGCUCUCUUGUUAGCAAAACAAUUUAGGCACCACGCUUCGCGCACCAAACUCCGAUUGAUUGCUUAUCAAACAGGAGGCAGAUUCGAAUGCACGCUUUUUCUCCGAGUGCGAGAGAUAAGUUGCAGAAUUGCGCGUGCGAAAGUUUAAAAAAAAAACAUUUGAAUUCAUUUUGUAAAUAGGUACAUAUUGAACUAUACAUACAACAACUGCUAGACUGUAAGGUUUCUUUCCUCGUAACCUCCCGAAUUGUGGUUCCCAAAACGAUAAAUCCUCGGAUGCAAACUGGAAAAUAGCAAUUAAAAUUGGUUAGUAUUGUUAUACAUAUAUUUUAUAAGGGAGAGUACAGGCAGCCAAAACAAUAGGGAAGCUUUGUGUGUUGUGAUUGAUCAGAACAGUGUCUCUUCUUAUUAUUGUUUCUGUUUGCUUUCGGUUUAUCGCUUAGCUUGCGACGAAACUUAAAGAAACACUAGAAUCGGUGAUUUCAGUUUUGUUUUCUCUUCAUCGUGUUAUAGUACGCUUCCUCUCUUCGCAACAGACGCGACAAUAGAUUAGGAUUCGAUUUUUUGUUUGAUUGUUUGAUUGAACUUCACCAACCAGAACUAUGUUAACUUGAACUACGAUACUACGCAGCUGCGGGAGCGCGAAACAAGCUAAAUUACGGAUAAGCAUAACUGCAAAGCGAACGCGCAUAGUAAACAAUAUUCAAAUAAUUGUUCGAAUAUUUUAUGUGGUUUUAUAAGCUUUUAAACUGAGGAAGAACAAACAUAACGAGCUGUAACGGCAAGAGUGCCCGCGGCAAACGGUAACAAAAACUGGAUGCGCGUGUGGGCAGGAAGAACCGGAACAAGCAAAGCGAAAAUUUGUAUUUAUUGAGCAAAGAUGAAACAUGAUUACAGUGGAAAAUUAAAACGCUA